CUCCUCUCUCUCUCUUUCCCUUGAAUAACAUGGCUGAAACAUCUGAUGUAUCGCCAUUGAAACGUUACAGAGAACAAGAAAACCUAGUCGAAGAAGACACAACCAAACGACAAAAGCCCUCUUCGUCAUCAUCUUCUUCCUCUUACAACCAAAUUCUAUGUCUCCUCAACGAUUCAGACGAACAAAACCAACACAACAAUGACCUAACUUCCUUUAUAAACGCUCUUCAGCAAGAUAUCUCAUCAGAUGACCAAAACGCCGUCGUUUCCGAAACCUUCAACGUCGAAGACUCGUCGUCAUCGUCGUGCGUUUCCUCGAAAGAAGAAGAUGUCGAAGAUGACAACAAGGAGAAAGUGAUGCAGCAUCUUUUGGAAGCUUCCGAUGACGAACUUGGGAUCCCUAACACAGAUUUUGGCGAGAGUAAUUAUGAAAAGACUAAUGAGAGUUACGUUUAUGGAGAUAGUUUGUUAGAUGGGUUUGGUGAUGCGUUUUGGGAGCUUGAAGACGAAGCUGCUAAUUAUUACACGUUGCUGCAGUCUGAGCUAUUCAUGUAGAAACUAUCCUAAUUAAUGGUCAAAAUGGGA